AUGACGUCAGGGCAAGAACCGUCCCCAGUCGCACCUGGGGACGGCAUGCGUGACACCAGGAACGUGCCCCUGGUGGCUAAUCAGCUCGCGUGCCUCUGCAUUCAGACAGGCCGAAAGGCAGGGGCAGCGCACCCUGAGGCCACAGCGUUUCAGGCGGCGGCGAACGAGCACGCAUCCAGGUCUAUCGGUGGGCAGGCAGGAUUCGGCCAGUUCGGCCUGCCACCCCCUGUCCAGCAGUUCGGCCCCCCUCAGUUCGCUGCUAGCCCGUACGGAGGGCCUCCAGCCAGCGCCCAGUUCGCUGCGCCGCCCCAGCAGUUCGCUCCGCCGCCCCAGCAGUUCGCUCCGCCGCCCCAGCAGUUCGCUCCGCUGCCCCAGCAGUUCGCAGCGCCGCCCCAGCAAUUCGUACCACCACCGCCCCAGCAGUUCGCCGCUGCUCCUUUCGCGAGCAUGUCUCCAAGCAGUGCGCACUACCCUGCCUUGCCCGCUGGCUUCAUGGGCAAUGCUGCUGCCAGCCAGUUCACGGAUGCCUUGGGCCGCUCCGCUCACAGAAGCGCGAGUCAACAUGCUAAUCAACGCAAAUAG